ACAGGGAUCACCGGAGAUUGAUUGGGAGUGCGAGGAGGUGGUUCGCUCUGCAGCUUCCACUGAACGAGGGAAGUUGAGCAACAUUCAAAUGGACAGAGUGAGCCUUUUAGGUAAAGUGCUCUCUUCAAAAUUAUUCCAUUCAAGAUGGGCCAUCGAAAAAGAUUUAGAAGUCAGGGAUUUUGCCAAACUAGCUUUCAGAUCACCGCUAGUUAAAGAGGAUGAUCUCCUCCUUAGAAAUCAUAUUGGUAUUCCUGACAUUAAGGCGCUAAUGGCCCCUGAAAUUGAUCCAGCACUGUUAUCCAUUACAGGAAGCAGUGUUUCUGCGGAUCCCAUGGAUCAGACAUUGCGCAAUGUACAAUUUAAAAUUGCGGAUGCUGUUGGUCCCUUGCUACUUAUGUUGGAUAAGGCAGAGAAGGAGGGAUCCUCUCAUAACCCUUCCCUAACAGCUUUAAUUGCUUCUAAGAUGGCACUUCUAAAAGCUUCCAGCAGAGCGGUGCUUAUCAUCGGUUAA